AUUGCGAAUCUCAAACUGAACACACUGAAAUCUCUUCUCUUCAUCAGAUCUAAGGAAUAUGGAAAACGUUCCAUUUGCUGUUGCGUCUAAUCUCAUUCACAGGUUGGCUUCCGCAGAUUUUCUUGAAUUUGGAAUUCAAUAUGAUGUGACGGAAGACUUGGAAGAGCUUAAGAACACUAUUGAAUCCAUCAAUUCUAAGCUCCGUGAUGCCGACGAUAAACAAGAUCAAGAUGAUGGUGUGCGAGUUUGGAUCAGAAGGUUCAAAAAAGUACUCCACACUGCAGAUGACUCCUUAGAUGACCUUGCUAUCCAAUUCAGGAGAGACAAAUUGGGUGCAGAAGGAAAAGAAGUAGACAAGGUCCUUCUUUCCAUUUCAUCUUCAAAUCAACUUCCUUUAUACACUGAAAUGCCUGACAAAAUUAAAGAAAUACGAGAAAGUUUUAAUGGUGUGAUAAAGGAAAUGAAGGAUUUGAAUUUAAGCCCAACAUCAGCGGUGGUUAAGCAAACUAAUAGUGAACAGAGAGAAACAUGUUCUUUUGUAUUAGAAUCAGAUAUCAUUGGAAGAGAUGAUAGUAAGAAGGAGAUUAUUAGUCUGUUGAGACAACCUCAUGAAAACCAAAAAAUUUCUGUUAUUGCCAUUGUUGGCCUUGGUGGUUUGGGGAAGACAGCUCUUGCACAAUUGGUGUAUAAUGACUUGGAAGUGCAGACUUUUUUCGAUAUGCAAAUGUGGGUGUGUGUCUCUGAUAACUUUGAUGUGAAAACUAUUAUGAAGAAAAUAUUAGAAUCAAUUACUGGUGACCAAGUUGAAGACAAGUUAUCAUUAGGCAACUUGCAAAGAAAACUUCAUGAAGAAGUAAGAGGUAAGAAAUAUUUGUUGGUCCUGGAUGACAUUUGGAAUGAAAGUCAUGACAAAUGGGCUGAAUUGAGAAUGUACUUGAUGUGUGGCGCUCAAGAUAGUAAGAUUUUAGUGACAACUCGAAGUGAAAAUGUAGCAAAGGCAAUGACUGCUAGCACUUCCUAUCCUUUGAAAGGUUUGACUGAUGAAGCGUCUUGGACUUUGUUGAAGAGCAUUGCAUUUGAGGAUGAUUUCAAAAGAGUGAAUCAAAAUCUAGAAUCAACGGGGAAAGAAAUAGCCAAAAAAUGUAAGGGGGUUCCACUAGCAGUUAAGACCCUGGGAGGCCUGUUAAGAAGACAAAACGAAGAAAGUGAAUGGGAGAAUGUUUUACUUGGUGACUUCUGGAAAUUAUGUGAAGAGCAAAAGAGUAUCAUGCCAAUUCUAAAACUCAGUUACCGCAACUUGUCGCCAGAAAUGAGACAAUGUUUUGCUUAUUGCUCUUUGUACCCCAAGGAUUCAGAAAUUCGAAAAGAUGAGUUGAUUCAGUUAUGGAUGGCACAGGGUUACCUUAAAUGUUCAACUGGAAAACAGCACAUGGAGGAUGUUGGAAAUCAAUUUGUAAAGAUGUUUUUGAUGAACUCAUUUUUUCAAGAUGCAGAAAAUGAUGAAUGCGGUGAGAUCAUUAGUUUUAAAAUGCAUGAUUUAAUACAUGAUCUUGCGAUGCUUGUUGCUGGCAAUGAUUAUUGUUACUUGGAUAGUAAGGCAGAAACAGUUGAAGGUAGACCCAUGCACGUAUCGUUGGAAUCUUAUGAGGCCAUUCAUUUGUUGAAAUCAUUUGAUCUGAUCAGGCUGCGAACUUUGAUCUUGCCUUUGAUUUUGCCGUAUCACUUCGAAGUGGAGGAAUAUCUGUCGGUUACUGCAAAGUUCAAAUACUUACGUGUCUUGAGGAUGCAUCAUCUCUCUGGUUCCACUGAAGAUUUGAAGCAUUUAAGAUACCUUGAUUUAAUGCAACAAACAAGUCUUCCCAAAUCUAUGAGCAAUCUUGUUUUCUUACAAACAUUAAAAUUGUGGGAGUGUGAUGAAGAAUCAUUUUCAGAAGUAGUCACAAAAUUAGUCAAUCUGAGGUGCCUAGGUAUUGCUUACCAUGACACCUUGAGUAGAAUGGCAAUUGGGUUGGGAAAAUUAUGCUCAUUGCAAUUCUUAUCGACCUUUGUUGUGGGAGACAGCCAAGAAAUAAGAUAUGGCACACUAAAUGAACUCAAGGACUUAAACCUAAUAAGAGGCGAAUUAGAAAUUCAGUAUCUCAAACGCGUCAGACAAGUGGCUCUGGAAUCACAGCACGUAAAUUUAAAAGAAAAAAAAUUCCUUCAAUCCUUGACUCUGGAUUGGUCCAGUGAAGAGCACGGAGACAUCUGUAACAGUGACAGCCUACAGUUAUUGGAAAACCUUCAGCCCCACCGUAAUCUCAAGCGGUUGAAGGUGAUUGAUUAUCCAGGCAUGCUUUUCUCAAAUUGGCUUUCUCUCCUCACAAAUGUUGUUGACAUUAGUCUCUAUUGUCUUCCUAAUUGUCGCUGUCUAACGCCGUUGGAACGUCUCCCGUCCCUGAAGUCACUUGAUAUACAGGUUCUUCGUGAAUUGGAAUACAUAUAUCUCUACGAAGAUGGUUUUGCAGUAACCUUCUUCCCCUCUUUGGAGAACCUCGUAUUAAUUAAUUGUCCCAAGCUCAGGGGAUGGCGCAGGCGAGGAGACGAUAUCAAUGAUUCACAUAAUCUCUCCUCAUCUCUUUCAUUUCCUCGUUUUUCUCAACUGAAUGUCUAUGGCUGUCCAAAGUUGACUUGCAUGCCUACUUUUCCAAAGGUUGAGAAUUUGUUCUUGUAUCACUGCAGUGCAGAGCCAUUAAUAGCAACACUAAACUCAACAUGUUCAGCCGACUCGUCUUCCUCCGCUGCUCCUCUUUCCAUACUCGAAGAAUUGGCGAUUUCUGUUCCUAUGAAUUUACCAAAAGGUUGGAUGCAAAAUCUGACUUCUCUCAAGUGUCUUCAAAUUGGAUGGUGUGACAGUGAAACACCGGAGGAAUUUGAGACUGGGUUUAAGGACGACACCAACUGCCUUUCUUCUCUGCGAAAAAUAAGCAUAGUUACAUGUGAAAGGCUAAAGGCUUUGCCAGAUUGGAUUUGCAACCUCUCAUUGCUUCAGCACAUCGACAUCUACAAUUGCCCAAAUUUGGCAUCGCUGCCCGAAGGAAUGAGUCGUCUUAAGAACUUAAAGAUCUUUGAGGUCAAGUGGUGUUCCCUCUUGCUUAAAGAGUGCCGAACAGAGACAAGUGCUGUUAGUCGCCAAAUCGCACAUAUCCCACAAAUUAUCCUUCAUGAUUAGUGAUGAUAAAGAAGGCAAAGUUGAAGAAAGUGAACCAGAUGCUGCCACCAAUGUGCUAUUGGGACCCUGCAAGAGAAAAUAUGCAGUAAGUUGUCAAAAAUAGACUAAUGAUUCACUUCAGUUGGCUAGAGAUUAACCAACGUUAGUUGAUGCAAUUGAUGCAAGUAGAGAUACUUGAGCUGAUGAGGCAACUUCGUUGAAUUCUACUGUUGCGAGGCUGGUGCUGCUUAAUGCAAGAUGGAUUGUGUUUGCACUAUGCUCAUAUUUUCUAGUUACUAUGUUAUUGUUAAUCCUUAUGUUCAGUAUAUUUUCUAGUUACUAUCUAACAUGCACCUUAGUGUUUAGGUGACAUCAAUACUCCUACUUUCUAUAUUAUCAUGAAUUUUACAUUAAAUUUG